UCGGGCUUCGGGCUUCGGGCUUCGGGCUUCGGGCUUCGGGCUUCGGGCUUCGCGCUUCGGGCUUCGCGGCCUAGGCGGCCUCAUGGAGCGGGGCCUCGAGGAGACUCCCUCCUCAGAGAGGAUGGAGGAUGAAGAAGAAGAGGAGGAGGAGGAGGAGGAGGAGGAGGAGGAAGAGGAGCUAGACCUCUUUGGAGGCUAUGACAGCUUCCGAGGCUAUAACAGCAGCCUGGACAGUGAGAGCAGCUCCUACCUGGAAGAGUCGAGUGACAACGAAAAUGAGCUUCAUGACCGCGAAGCCGGGGAGCUCCCCACGUCUCCCAUGCUGAUGCCCAGCCCCACCACCCCUCGCUCCCAGGACGGCAGCGGUUCUGAGCCAGCCGUCUGUGAGAUGUGUGGCAUCGUCGGCACACGAGAGGCCUUCUUCUCCAAGACGAAGCGCUUCUGCAGCGUCUCCUGCUCCCGCAGCUACUCCUCCAACUCCAAGAAAGCCAGUAUCUUGGCAAGGUUGCAGGGGAAGCCGCCCACCAAGAAGGCCAAGGUCCUUCAUAAGGCCGCUUGGUCUGCCAAGAUCGGCGCCUUCCUCCACUCCCAGGGAACGGGGCAGCUCGCAGAUGGAACCCCGACCGGGCAGGACGCUCUGGUCCUGGGCUUUGACUGGGGGAAAUUCCUAAAGGAACACAAUUACAAGGCGGCCCCAGUCAGCUGCUUCAAACAUGUUCCGCUGUUUGAUCAGUGGGAUGAUGUGGUGAAAGGGAUGAAGGUGGAGGUCCUGAACAGUGAUGCUGUGCUCCCCAGCCGCGUCUACUGGAUUGCCUCCGUCAUCCAGACAGCAGGCUACCGGGUGCUCCUUCGGUACGAAGGCUUUGAGAAUGACUCCAGCCAUGACUUCUGGUGUAACCUGGGCACCGUGGACGUGCACCCCAUCGGCUGGUGUGCGAUCAAUAGCAAAAUCUUGGUGCCCCCACAGACCAUUCACGCGAAGUACACAGACUGGAGGAGUUACCUUAUGAAGCGGCUGGUGGGAGCCCGGACCCUCCCGGUGGAUUUCCACAUUAAGAUGGCGGAAAGCAUGAAGUACCCCUUCCGUCAGGGGAUGCGAGUGGAGGUGGUAGACAAGACCCACGUGUCCAGGACACGCAUGGCUGUGGUGGACACGGUGAUCGGGGGGCGGCUGCGGCUGCUCUAUGAGGAUGGCGACGGUGAUGAUGAUUUCUGGUGCCACAUGUGGAGUCCCCUCAUCCAUCCCGUGGGCUGGUCCCGCAGAGUUGGCCACAGCAUCAAGAAGCCAGAGAGGCGAGGGGAAAUUAGCAGCCACCCAACCUUUCGCAAGAUCUACUGUGAUGCCGUUUCCUACCUCUUCAAGAAGGUGCGAGCUGUCUACACAGAAGGAGGCUGGUUUGAAGAAGGGAUGAAGCUGGAGGCCAUCGACCCACUGAACCUGGGUAACAUCUGUGUAGCCACUGUCUGCAAGGUUCUCCUGGAUGGCUACCUGAUGAUCUGCAUUGACGGCUCCACCUCCGUGGACGGCUCAGACUGGUUCUGUUACCAUGCUUCAUCACACGCCAUCUUCCCAGCCACCUUUUGCCAGAAGAACUCCAUCGACCUUACGCCUCCCAAAGGUUACGAUGCCAAGACCUUUGACUGGACCUUGUACCUCGAAGAGACCAACUCAAAGGCUGCUCCUGCUCGGCUCUUCAACAUGGACUGCCCCAACCACGGCUUCAAGGCGGGCAUGAAGCUGGAGGCUGUGGACCUGAUGGAGCCACGACUCAUCUGUGUGGCCACGGUGAAGCGGGUGGUGCAGCGGCUGCUCAGCAUUCACUUUGACGGCUGGGACAGCGAGUAUGACCAGUGGGUGGACUGUGAGUCACCCGACAUCUAUGCCGUGGGCUGGUGCGAGCUGAUCGGCUACCAGCUCCAGCCCCCGGUGGCUGCAGGUCUGUCCCCGGGGCGUCGCCACACAGGCUUCUCUUCCAGGGUGGGCCGUGAGGAGUCCACAGCUCCCCAGCAGACCAAGGAAGUCAUGAGGAAAAAGAAAAAGCCCUUUGGGAAGAAGAGGAAAAGGAUCACGACCAAGGCACGGCCAGCAGCCAAGAAAAGCCAGCACUGACCAGGCCCUAGGUCGACAUGAGGCCAGAGAUUUGAGCUAAGCCCCCCACCUCCUUGGCUGGUCAGCUGGGGCAGGGUGUCAAGUUAUGUCCCCAUGGUGCAAGGAGUCAGGGACCCGAUGUCGCAUUGUGAAGCAGAUGUUCCCGUCAAGGCACCUGGCUGCCACCCGUCACUCAGCUAGGGGUCCCAGGGCCUUCUGUGUGGCCUUGUCCUCUGUGAGUGAAGUCAGAAGGGGAGGGGGAGCAGACCAUAGCAGCCUCCAUGCAGGAAUCCUGAGGCUGCCCCACCUCCCCCGCCUCCCUGAUGCCCUGUGUCAGCUUUCCUGGGAGGGUCUCCUGAAGCUCCAGGGCCUGACCCUUUAAGGGGGUCAGUCACUGAGGAUGUCAAAGAGGAUACUGGGCCCAGAUGCCCAGGAAGGAAGCCAGUUUCUCCCCUCGGGCUUGAACCAGCCCUGACCUUGAAUCAGAAAGGAGCAGGCCUUCAGUCCCUCCUUCCCCUUUAGACACAUUUUCCAGAAAGGAGAAAAAGCCUCUUUUCCUUUAAAAAAGUCAUGUUUGUUGCUCAGGGCUAUGAAGCCUGACCCCCAAGUGGGGUGUGGGGUGAGCUGGGGAUGAGAGCUGACCAGUCCCCGACUCCCUUUGGCUCCCUCGCCUUCUGGCUGACCUUGAGCAGGAGUCUCUGAUUCUCAGUUCCUGUACAAAACUUCUCAGGAGCCCCCACCCCUACCCCCCACCAGGCAGCCUAGGCCCCCUGUCCCUCCUGGCCUUCUUGUCAGCGAGGAGUAGGGUAUGGGCGCCUUCUCCUGGGCCCCACACCUGGAAGGAGAAGGGGGAUGGUAGGAUGAGGCUGUGUCAGGGAGUGCUUAGUGGGAGGGUGGGGUGGAGGGCUGGUGGGGCUCCUCUGACCCGGGGAGAGUCCAUACCCAGCCUCUUCCUCAGUACCUUGGUACUUAGAAGGCUGCAGCAGGGACGGGCAGGACCCCUCCACCCACCCAGCCACCAUGACAGCAUGGGGAUUGGUGGAAGGACCUUCAGAGUCUAAGACCCGGGGCAGACAUGGAAUAGUCUUCAAGCAUUGGACAGGGGGUCCUGGGGAAGUGGGAUUGAGUCACUUUGUGGAGAGAGGCAGCCCCAGAGAACGGAUUUCAAUGGCAGAGGUAGAUGAGGCUCAGUGUAAGGAGCAGCCUGGCAGUUCCCCAUCGGGGAGCCUCCAGCAGAGGUAGAAGCCUCACAAACACGAUUCCUCUCCAUUCAGAGUGAACUAGUCAGCGAUUUGCCUUUCUUUCACACUUUCCCCAGAAACAACCCUGUGAGGUAGGUUGCUGUGUGGUUGUCCCCAUUUUACAGACAAGUAAGGCAAGAUGCAGGGAGGUGCACACCACACACGAGUGUAGGUUUAGAGCCCUCCCAGUGCAGCAGGGUCCUUCUCCUUGAGCUGCCUGGGGAGCAGGCGCAGCUCAGUGGGAUUGGUCGUUCCAGGGCGUUACUGCUUGGGCUGCAGGAGACCUCCCUCAGACGCAGCGUUACCUUGAGCUGCCAGACAGAGGCACACACAGGUUGGGCAGGAAGAUGAAUAGCUGGCCUUUGGAGACCAUAUGGGAGGCCUCGUACUCCUGUGAAUGCUGGGGCUCCUCCAGGCUCGCCUCCAAGCCCUUUGGGGUCUUUGUAGAAGCAUAGCUGAACGCUGGGUCCUCCAAAUGGCCAGUCCUCCAUACAGUUGCUAGCAGGCCCUAGGCCCGGCCACGGAGGCUCUCUGGUGUUGCUCAGGCUUGCUCGUUCCCAAAGGAUGUCAGAGCGGCUGUUGGCUGCGCUCAGACUCCCAGGAACUCUAAAUAGAACCUGGGGGGCACCUAGUUGAGUGCAAGGAACCCUCAAGCCAGCAUCAUGAGAAGGGACCCCCUGCCCACAGCCACAUUUUAGGGAUGAACCAGCUCAGACCCCUGAUCUAAGAUGGAGGGCUUCUCGAAGGCGUCUCUCCCUGAGGCAGCCACUUGAUGUCUGGGGACACCUCCAGUGAAGAACUGCCUACCUGCCCCCAAAGUGCCUCUGGGUAAUAGGCCUGUUAGUCCCAGCUCCUCCCUCCAGUUGAUCAGAAAACCCGAGUCCCUCUGUCACAUGGCUGCCCUUCGUGCAGUAGAAGACUCCACCAGGCCCUGGCCAUCCUGCUUGCUUCAGCCUCUCUCUUGUCACGAGAUGUAUUUAAACAUGAUCGGACUGAUGCAGAGUCUUUUGGGCGUUAGCCUUUGGGAGUCUUUGUAGCACACCGUCUCAGUUGUCGACCUAACUCAAACCUCAUGGCCUUCCCCAUGAACCGUUGUUGGGCAGUUCAGCACAUGUAAACCUGAAUUCAGUCCUUCACGUUGGUCUCUGUUGGAUUUUAUCUCGUUAGUGGCAGACUAGGAUCUGGAUCUUUUGGGAUCCCGGCCAUCUGUCAUCCAGCCUGGUAGCUAUUCCUCUCAGGUUCACAUCAAAAGCUUAACAUCUACUAAUCUUGAAUGAAUUGUAAAUUUGAUUAAAAGCAAAAUAAUUUCUAAGAAUUGAA